AUGAGUGUGAAGAUGUACUUUAAAAUUAAAAAGACAGAGCGUGAAUUUGGAACGUAUCCUCUUAUCAUCACUACGUUAGAUAAGUCUGAUAGUGAAAUGCUUUUUGAUGGGAAAGUUGGUGCUGUAAUGUGUUUGGAAAGUCCCUCUGAAAUAGUUAAAGAAAUAAUUAGUUAUAAAUCUAAUUCUACUUCUCCUAUGCCUUUGUUGGAUAGAAAAGGGAACAAGAUCAUUACUGAUUACAAACAUAGUGAUGUUAAGAAGGCUUGGAGGGCUAAAGAACGUGCGAUUGACAUGUUAAGGGGGAAACCUGCGGAUGGUUAUCGACAAAUGGCUCGAUAUGUAUACAUAUUAAAUUUCGUAUAUCCAGGUUCACAUAUUAGAAUGCAUAAAUCCGAGGAUAAUAAAUUUAUGCAUUUGUUCGUUGCAUUGCAACCUUUGAAGAGGGGAUUCGAGUAUUACAGGCCUGUAGUUGUGGUUGAUGGUGCGCAUUUGAGUGGAGCAUAUAAAGGUACAUUUGUUUCCGCAAGCACUCUUGAUGGAACAGGACGCAUUCUGCCAAUUGCGUAUGGUGUUGUUGAUAGUGAAAACGAUAAUUCGUGGACUUGUUUUUUUGAGAACUUUAGAAUUGCUUUUGGAGAGCGCAAUAGUAUGUGUGUUGUUUCCGACCGUCAUGAAAGCAUAAUAAAGGAUAAUCAAGUUGGGAAGAUUGAUAAGAGGGUAAAGUCUUAUCUUGAGGAUGCUGGAUUUGAAAAGUGGGCACGCGUGUAUGCACCUGUUAAUCGUCGUAGAAUGAUGACUUCAAAUAUAGCGGAGUGCAUAAAUGGUAAAUUAAAGCUAGCACGUGAGUUGCCGAAAAUAGAAUUUUUGGAGCAGGCAAGGAAAUUGUUUGGAAAGUGGAAUUGCAAGAAUAGAGAAAGUGCAUCGUAUGCAAACACAAGUGCAUCAUAUGCAAACACGUCACUUGGAAGUAGAUUUGAAGAAAUUCUUCAACUAAAUACUUCAAAAUCUACAAGGCUUAAGGUUAGUGCAUCAUCAACAUAUGUAUAUUCUAUUUAUGAUGACGGGAGGAAGUACAGAGUAUGUCUUGAUAGGAGGACUUGCUCUUGUGGUAGAUUCCAAUUGGACGAGAUAACAUGUGAACACGCAAUUGUAGUACUAAAAAGCCAGCAUGUAGUUAAUAUGGAGACUUAUUGUUGA